GAUCCUUUUGCAGGCAUGAAGGCUUGUGUUAAUUAUCAACAAGAAAUUGAACGUCUUAAACAAUUGGUAAAGACGCCUCCCUCACCACCACCACCAAUAACAACAGCUUCAGAAGCACCAACACCUGACGAUACAACAACAACUGCAGGGCCUGUGGUAACGGAACAAGAGAAAAUUCGUUUCUUGGCCUUUGUGUGUUCCUGGACCACGGGAGGACCAACGUCACAAUUCUUGGAAACGACGAAUUCACUGUGGGCCAUCCCUUCUCCUUGG